GGUUCCUGUUUUGAUUAUAGCAACGUUGAAAGGAUGAAAUAGGUAGCUAGCUGCCAAAUUAUUGUUCGUAUAUUCGGUUUUCUUUUUCAUAUUUACCAGAUAAAGCAAUAUCAGUCAAUUAUAAUUGCCUGUCUCAUGACUCUCUACACGUGUCGGCAUGGACAACCGUUGUUAUUGUUGUGCAUCAAAGUUCAGUCUCUUCAAGAAGGAGCUGGGCUGUAAGAGCUGCGGCCGCUCCUUCUGCUCCAGCUGUUUGACUUUCAGUGCUGUGGUGCCUCGCUGUGGCAACACCCAGCAGAAGGUCUGCAAACAGUGCCAUGGUAAUCUGACAAGUGGGGAAUCUCCAAACAGUGCUGGAAAAUGGUCUCCUCCUGAAAAUUACAAAAAACGCGUUGCUGCACUUGAGGCCAAACAGCAGGGACAGUCGACACAGCCUCUUGCACAUGGAGGCAAUAGAAACAGCAGAGCAGGCAAUCUACCAACCAAAGGCCUGAGUAAAGAAGAUCAGGCUAUUGCUGAAAGACUUCAAAAGCUGAAGGAGGACACUGCCCCAAAGUCUAUCCCCUCUGAGAAAGAACUUGAGUCUCGCCUUGCUGCUCUGAAAGCUCCCAGCCGGCCAUUGCCUUCUGUAGGGGAGAUGGAGGACCGCCUGGCAGUCAUACGGGGUCAACCUCCACCAUCUCAAGCUCCUCCACCUGUGCACCAGCCUCCAGAUAACAGGACUCAGACUGAACAAGCCAAUGAUCUGAUUACUCAGAUGACAGAGGAAGUUUCCAUGGACAACCAGCAAUUAAAUCCUGAAUGCAGUGUAGAUGGCCGUAUGAAUGAUCUCAACAAGGGGGAGGGGGGGACAUUGGAUGAGAAUUUGGAGGAGAACCAGGAGGCGGUCAAGCAGCUGGAGGCUGGGAAGGCCCACCUGCUGGAGGAGGCCAUGGAGGAGCUGAGGAAGGAGCACCAUUCCCAGGAUCAGAUCCUCCACAUGGCCAAGAGGCUGGCGCAGCUGAAGGGGCAGGACCCAGACAAAGUUACUAUGGAGGACUUUCAGCAUCCUGACAGUGAGGAGGAGACUGAGGAAGAAGCUGUGAUGCGAGUGUUAAAACAGCUCUCUGAAGAGGCUGCAUUGGAUGAAGCCAGUGGCUACAAUAUACCUUUAGAACACAGUGGACCAAAGAACAUAGAAAAGAAAAAAACUUCGAAGAAACUGACCCAGGCUCCAGCUCCCAAGAGUAGGAUUUCACCGGCUGCUGUUGCACAUCAGCCAUCAGACAGUGAUGAGGAAGAGCUUCCUUGGUGCUGCAUCUGUAACCAAGACGCCACGCUUCGCUGUCACACCUGUGAUGGAGAGCUAUACUGCAACCGCUGCUUCAGGGAAGGCCAUGAUAAAUAUGACAGGAUGGAGCAUCGCACCACUAACUACACUGCGCCAAAGAAGAAGAGGAAGACAUGAUAGUUAGACUGUGCUGUAGGUGUUUGCCUUAUGAGGCUCUCCUCAGUCCUCACUGUUAAACUUGUGCUUUAGACUUAAGUGACCCAUUAUUGUUAAUAAAACAGUGUCUCAGAAGAUUUAAACACUACCUACUAUCUAAAGAAAGCCAGAACCCCUCAUUUUAACCCCAACCUAUCUAAUCCAAUCUGUCCAAAGUGGCUAUAAACAUGCAUCUAGACCACAGGAAGAGCAUCUGCUUUCUGUAAUUGCUAACAGAUUAACUGAACAAAUCAAAAACGAUGGGUAACGUUUGUAUAAUAUAAAAAACAUAGUUCCUAUUUUUUUUCUGUAAUGUAUAAAAAUAGAGGUAAGUAAAUGUUACAGAGGCUGCUAUACAUUGUUGGUAUUUUAGGAAAAUGCACAGCUUUUGCACACAGAAAAGUUUUAAACUGCCCAGCCAAAUAAGAAGCUUGAAGUUUUUUUUUUAUGUCACUUGUCCUACUUCCCUAAGGCAACAAAGGCUCAUCUUAGACACACUUUGCACUUGUCACCAUUUGAUUAUAACACAUACAGAAAGCAGACACAUCAUGAGCUCAUCUGGUAUGAUGUACAAUCCCAGACUGCUGUCAGGUCUGGACUGAAGAAGUACAGAGGAGUCAGUAUAAAAGGAUUACUGAGGGCUUUGUUUUCUUUUGGCAGGCAAUGCAGUCACUCUUGUAAUCUAUGUUUGGCUGCGAGUCUGACAUGAGUAUUGCCUUUCUUGUCCGUGUGUGUAAUUUCAUUAUAAAGGAUGCAAAAGUGUUAGGCGCUAUGUCGCAUCUUUGAGGGAACGCUGCAUUUCUAACACUGAAGCCUUUUUUUUUUUGAUCGCUGAUAUUAUCACACGACAAAAAUGUCCCAGACUGGUAGGCCUUGUCAGAAGUGUAGUCUUACAGUAUGGAUGGCCUCCGUGUCAGAGAAGAGUGGAAGUGGGGGCGAAGCAAGCAAAUUGCUAUAAUGGAGCCCUCAGCCGAAAGACCCUCUGUGUAUGACAGAGAGAAGGCCGGAGUGCAGUUUCAUCAGUGUGCAUUACUGUCAAGCUAACUGAGGAGAAACCAUAAUUACACUUUCCUCUGGGGGUUUUCUCCAUUAAGGUGUGUAUGGAGGCUGUUACUGUGUUUGACUUUUCUGGCCAUAUCACGCACCACAGACAGGAAAUGGAUGAGGAUAAUGGAUGCAUACUUAAUGGACCUUCCUGCUGCUGAUUUCACUGUGUUUACUUCUAGACCUGACAUGUCAACGGCUCCUUUGUUUCCAUCACUCUGUUGAAAAAAAAAACCCCAGCCGUGCUACAAUAAAGUCUUGUAGUUGUCUCUGGACAGUAGGAUGUAAUCAGUCUUUAAAGGCAAAUAAGCGUUUUAGAGCAGCAAUAAAGGGCAAUUGUGGCAACACGACGUUUAAUUGGUACUGUAAAUUUAUGGGUGAAAUGGACAUGUUAAUAUUUAUUUGUAUGUGUGGAAUGAAUAAUACCUGAUUAUACCAUACUGUUAAAAAAUCAGAUGUUACCCUUUUUAUAAUUCAUCAACAGACUUGUCUUGAAAAUGUUCAAUUUUAUUUCAACAUACAACACUGCUAUCAGAACAAAAAUAUUUAUGUACAUACAUAGGCAACCGAAAAUGUACAGUCUUACACAAAAAACAGUCCAUCUGAGUAAUAGUCAAUACAACUUUUAUCACAUGUGCAUUAUUGGUAUGUUUAUGGGGGACAAAAUGUUAUAGCAGUCCAUAAAUUAAAGUGAAAUAAUAAAAAAUCAUUCCAUUCAAAA